AUCCGAGUGAGACGAAGGAGAACAGAGCGGACUGUGGAGGACCAGAACCAGCCAGGAACUCAGGACCUGGUGGACGUUUACAACUGAUGGUGAUUAAAGUAGAAGUUCCCCCUGAGGAGCUGCAGUGGAGCCCCCUUGUGGACAAGAAGGACCCAGAUCCCCCCCACAUUAAAGAGGAACAGGAGGAACCGUGGACCAAUCAGGAUGGACACCAGCUUCAAGGACUGGAGGAGCCUGAUAUCAAGUUCACAUUGACUCCUGUCGCUGUGAAGAGUGAAGAAGAUGAAGAGAAACUUAAAUCAUCAAAGCUUCAUCCGAGUGAGACGAAGGGGAACAGAGCGGACUCUCGAGGACCAGAACCUGCCAGGAACUCAGGACCUGAUGGACGUUUACAACCAGGUCCUGAGGACAAGACUGACUCUUCUGAGACUGAAGUCAGUGAGGAUGAUUGGAUGGAGACCAGGGAAACUCAGACAGGUUUAAAUACAAGAAAUAACAAACAGCCUCCAAGUGAUAUGGGAUGUAAGACAGAAAAACCGUUUAGUUGCUCUGAGUGUGGUAAAAGAUUUAAACAUAGGGGCAAUAUGAAUACACAUAUGAGGCUUCAUACAGGAGAGAAACUAUUUAGUUGCCCUGAGUGUGGCAAAAGAUUUACCGAAAGGGGCAAUCUGAAUACACAUAUGAGGCUUCAUACAGGAGAGAAACUAUUUAGUUGCUCUGAGUGUGGCAAAAUAUUUAACAUAAGAUCAAAUCUAAAUACACAUAUGAUGACUCAUACAGGAGAGAAACCGUUUAGUUGCUCUGAGUGUGGUAAAAGAUUUAACAAAAGAUCAAAUCUAAAUACACAUAUGAUGACUCAUACAGGAGAGAAACCGUUUAGUUGCUCUGAGUGUGGUAAAACAUCUAACCACAGGUCACAUAUUAAUGCACAUAUGAGGAUUCAUACAGGUGAGAAACCGUUUAGUUGCUCUGAGUGUGGUAAAACAUUUAACCAAAGAUCACAUCUAAAUUCACAUAUGAAGAUUCAUACAGGAGAGAAACCGUGCAGUUGCUCUGAGUGUGGUAAAAGAUUUAACCAAAGGUGCGAUCUAAAUACACAUAUGAGGAUACAUACAGGUGAGAAACCGUUUAGUUGCGCUGAGUGUGGUAAAAGAUUUAUCCAAAGGUCAACUCUAAAUACACACAUGAGAAUUCAUACAGAUGAGAAACAGUCUAGUUCCUCUGAGUGUGGUUAAAGAGUUAAAGGAGACAUAUUAUGCCCAUUUUACCGCAGUUGAUAUGGUUCAUUGGGGUCUUAAUGAAAUGUCUGUAAAAUAUUUUGGUCAAAAUACCACAAGGAUCAGUUAAAACAGCAUCCUUUUUACAACAGCCCUCAGAUUGACCUGUUUUGAGUGCCCCGCCCCCCUCUCACCCCCCUCACCUCUGCUUCACAAGAUACAGAGACCCAGAUUUUUAGCUAUCCAUAACCUCUGUAGAAAUAUGGCUACUGGAGACGACGAUACAAUCUUGCAACCAUAUCGUUUUGAACCAGAGUCAGGUGGGACGGUUUUUGGGACGGUAGCAAAGCUAGAGCCCAAAAUUAACGUGUAGAAGCACUACAAAAGUGGAAUUUUCAUAAUAUGACCCCUUUAAGAUUCAGUCCUAUUGUACGAUACUUGAGGAUUAAUAAAGGAGAGAAGUGAUUCAGUUGCAACUUUUGCAACAAAAGAUUUAUUAGGAUAUAUCAGCA